UUGAGAUUCCGUGCCGACUUUGUAGUGUAUAACGAAAGGCGCCGUUGUAAUUAAUUAUGGGAUUAUUCGACAAGCUUGCGAACUGGAUGGGCAUCAGAAAGAAGGAAAUUAAUGUCCUUUGCAUCGGCCUUGAUAACAGUGGCAAAACAACGAUAAUCAACAAGCUGAAACCUGCCGCGUCUCAGGCACAAGAUAUUGUUCCAACUGUGGGAUUUACAGUGGAAAAGUUUAUGUCACAAAGCCUUACGUUUACAGUUUUUGAUAUGUCUGGUCAAGGAAGAUAUAGGAAUCUAUGGGAACACUAUUAUAAAACUGCUCAAGCAGUAAUAUUUGUACUGGACAGCAGUGAUCAACUAAGAAUUGUGGUAGCUAAAGAAGAGUUAAAUAUUUUAUUGCAGCACCCAGAAAUUGCUGCAAGAAGAGUGCCUAUUUUAUUUUUUGCCAACAAAAUGGAUUGUAAUGGUCUUUCACCAGUACAGUGUUCACAAGCAAUGGGCCUAGAUUCAAUAAGGAAUAAACCUUGGCAUAUAUGUGCAAGUAACGCUCUCACUGGAGAAGGACUUUCUGAUGGAGUUGAGUGGCUUGAAGAUCAGAUUCGCUCAGGAAACUUUUCAGACCAAAGUGGGAAACGCAAAGGCCGUUAACCUAGCAUUAGGCACCAAGGAUUCAUGACCUUCUACAAAUUAGGCAAAAAGAAAGUUUAAUUACAUGACUGUACUUUCUGUAUAUGUCAGCAUACACACAUGGUCAAUCUUAGCUUUUAUUAUAUUGUAAUCAUUAUAUAUACUCAAUGUCCUUCCACUUGGUCCACAGUGGCUGAAACAGCAAAGCUACACUCAUCACUAUGCACUCUCUGUUACUGGUAGUCAUUAUCAAUACUUGACAACUAUUCACUGAAGUGGAGGUGGUUAGCAGUGGAUAUUAACCGAGCCGCAAAGCGGCGAGGUAAAUAUCCAC